AGGCUGCUGGCUGCCAGUUUCCGGUUGCUGUCUUGCCCUGGCAGAUAGAGAUGGAGCUGCUCCUGGUGCUGGUUCUGGGGGUUCUGAGCGGCUCUGCCGUGGAAGUGAAAAGACCCAGAGGGGUUUCCCUGUCCAGUCGCAGUUUCUACGAUGAUUCCAAGCCGUUCACCUGCCUGGAUGGAUCGCGCACCAUUCCCUUUGACCGUGUGAAUGAUGAUUACUGUGACUGCACAGAUGGGACCGACGAACCCGGUACUGCAGCAUGUUCCAAUGGGAGGUUCCAUUGCACCAAUGCCGGAUUCAAGCCCCAGUAUAUACCGUCAUCACGUGUCAAUGAUGGGGUCUGCGAUUGCUGUGACACCACAGAUGAGUAUAACAGUGGAGCUUUGUGUCAGAAUACAUGCAGGGAGAUGGGGAAGAAGGAGCGAGAGGAGAUGCAGAAACAAGCGGAGGUGGCCAGAGAGGGCUUCCGGCUAAAACAACAGUUUAUCGAGGAGGCUAAGAAGAGCAGGGAGGAGAGUCAGGCAAAGUUGCAGGACAUGGUACAGAGGCGGCAAAGUCUCCAGGAGCAGGUGGAUGUUCUGCGCUCAGAAAAAGAAGACGCAGAGAAACCUGAACGGGAAGCAAAGGAUGCCCACAAGAAGGCCUGGGAAGAGCGGAGGGAGGCCGAGAAAGAAGCCGUGGAGAAACAACAAGCUUCAGAGGCGUUCUCUGAUCUGGAUCUGGAUUCUGAUGGCAUGCUGUCCGCCCCAGAGCUGAUCUCUCACCACGAGCUGGAUACUGACGGAGACGGCUCUCUUUCUGUCGAAGAGGCGCAGUCCAUCCUGGGAGGUUCAUAUUCUUUGGAUAGCAGCAGUUUCCAUGCUGACGUCUGGCCGCAGAUUCGAGACAAAUACAAAUCUGAGCAGAGUGCGCAGCCGCCACCACCACCACCAGCUCAGGUUGAAGAGGCAGCUGACACCCACCCUGAUCUUCACCCUGAGGAGGAGGAGGAGGAGGAUAUAGAAGAGGGAGAUGAAGAGGACGACGGUGAUGAUGAUGAUGAUUCUUCCGAUCAAGACCACAGAACAUUACCUACCAAGCCACAUGGAGAGGAUUCAGAGCUUCCACCAUAUGAUGAAGCCACUCAGACAUUGAUUGAUGCUGCUGACAAGGCACGUUCUCAAUUUGAAGAAGCUGAGAAAUCUUUUAAGGACAUUGAAGAUACAAUCAGGAGUCUGGAGAAGGAGAUUUCUUUGGAUUUUGGACCAGAUGGAGAGUUUUCAUAUUUAUAUGGACAGUGUUAUGAACUUACUACAAGCGAAUAUAUUUAUCGCCUCUGUCCAUUUAACCGUGUAACACAGAAGCCAAAGAAUGGAGGAUCAGAAACAAACCUCGGAAUAUGGGGAUCCUGGGCUGGACCAGAAGGCAACAAAUUUACUUCAAUGAAGUAUGAGCAAGGCACAUCGUGCUGGCAGGGCCCUAACCGCUCUACACUGGUGAAGCUCUCCUGCGGUAAGGAAACAAUUGUCACCUCCACCUCCGAGCCAAGUCGUUGUGAGUACCUGAUGGAGUUCUACACUCCUGCAGCUUGCCAUCCACCUCAGCCCCCGACUGGAGAUCACGAUGAGCUCUGAUUUAGGUGCUUUAGGAACCUCCAGCACUAUCCACUGGGACCCAAAAUGAUAUGACCAAUGUCAUGGAGUCCAAACCUCAUCUCAGUCUCCUGAACCAACCUUUUCCAAUUCCUACUGUACUUCCCUCUCUCUAGAUAUCUUCACCUUACCAUGGCACGGGCAACCAAAUGACACAUUCCAUCCAUGUUCAUCCACGUUCCCCCUUCCCCAGUAAGCUGCUCACCCCUCCACUGUACAUAAUGUUUUGGGGAAUGUUGUGAAUGUUUUAUUAAAUAAAAAACACAUCUUUGUCUGAUA